AUGUCCCAGGCCACUAUAUCCACGUCUUCUGCCCAGUCGAAAGACGUUGCCGGUCUUUCUUUGAUCGCUGCACACUCCCAUAUUUCAGGCCUAGGGCUCGAUGACAACUUGAAGCCUAAAGAGUCUGCCCAGGGAAUGGUGGGCCAGGUCAACGCCAGAAGAGCUGCUGGUCUUAUCUUGAAGCUUGUUCAGGCUGGUCAGAUUGCUGGUAGAGCUGUGCUUAUUGCUGGUCCUCCAUCUACAGGUAAAACCGCCAUUGCCAUGGGUUUGUCACAGUCUUUGGGCGAGGGCGUUCCAUUCACUGCUAUUGCUGGUUCUGAGAUCUUCUCGCUUGACUUGUCGAAGACUGAGUCUUUGACCCAGGCGUUCAGAAAAUCGAUCGGUAUUAAGAUCAAGGAGGAAACUGAGAUUAUUGAAGGUGAAGUGGUGGAAAUUCAAAUUGACAGAUCCAUCACUGGUGGCCACAAGCAAGGUAAACUUACGAUCAAAACCACAGACAUGGAAACUAUCUACGAGUUGGGUAACAAGAUGAUCGAGGGUUUGACCAAGGAGAAGGUUUUGGCUGGUGAUGUCAUUUCCAUCGAUAAGGCUUCCGGUAAGAUCACCAAGUUGGGUAAAUCUUUCACCAGAGCCAGAGACUACGAUGCUAUGGGCCCAGAAACCAAGUUCGUUCAGUGUCCAGAAGGUGAGUUGCAAAAGAGAAAGGAGGUUGUCCACACCGUCUCUCUUCACGAAAUUGAUGUUAUAAAUUCCCGUCAACAGGGCUUUUUGGCCUUGUUCUCCGGUGACACCGGCGAAAUCAGAUCCGAGGUUCGUGAUCAAAUCAACACUAAGGUCGCUGAAUGGAAGGAAGAAGGUAAGGCCGAGAUUGUGCCAGGUGUCUUGUUCAUCGAUGAGGUCCACAUGCUCGACAUCGAGAGUUUCUCUUUCAUCAACCGUGCUUUGGAGGAUGACUUUGCUCCAAUUGUCGUGAUGGCCACUAACCGUGGUGUUUCUCAGACCAGAGGUACUAGCUACAAGUCCCCACACGGUGUGCCAAUGGACUUGUUGGACAGAUCUAUCAUCAUUCACACUUCCAACUACUCUGCUGACGAGCUCAGAACCAUUUUGUCCAUCAGAGCCAACGAAGAAGAAGCCGAAUUGAGUGCCGAUGCCUUGGCUCUCUUAACGAAAAUCGGUGAAGAGACCAGUUUGAGAUAUGCUGCCAACUUGAUCGCGGUUGCUCAGCAGAUUGCCCUGAAGAGAAGAGCCACCACAAUUGAAUUGCCAGACGUCAAGAGAGCAUACACUUUGUUCUUGGACUCCGAGAGAUCUGUCCAGUUUGUCAACGAGAACUCCAAAUCGUUCAUUGACGACCAGGGCAAUGUCAAUUUGAGCACAAAUGGCAAGGCCAAGGAUGAUGACAAGAUGCAGACAGACUAG